AUGUCGCAGACUGUGAUUCGUAUCGAAGGGGAGCGAACUUCAGUCCAAAACCUGAAAGCUUUUAAGGAGGCCAUUCCCGAGCCUUCAAAACAUGAAGUUCUGAUCAAAGUACACAGCGUCUCCUUGAACUACCGGGAUAUUGGGGUGGCUACAUCGUUGUACCCCUUUCCCGUGAAGAACAACGUUGUCCCAUGCUCGGAUGCUGCCGGCGUUGUGGCCAAGGUCGGUGAAGGCGUCAGCAAAUUUGCUGUGGGAGAUCAUGUUGUGGGGACAUUUGAUCCAACCAACCUCUUCGGUCAGCAGUCGGAUUGGCUGAAUGGCCAGGGAGGCCCCGUUGAUGGUGUUCUACGUGAAUAUGUUUCUCUUCCGGCAUCCGCUACAGUCAAAGUCCCGAAGGAUUCCCCCCAAAGCUUCUCCGAAUGGUCGACUUUGGUCUGUACAGGUGUCACUGCUUGGAACGCCCUUUACGGUGCCGUUCCUCUGAAACCAGGUCAAAUUGUGCUCUGUCAAGGGACUGGAGGUGUUGCCAUCACUGGAUUGAUUCUGGCCAAGGCUGCGGGCGCUACUACGAUCGUCACCUCAUCUAGUGACGAGAAGCUUGAAUUCGUCAAGUCUAAGUUCGGGGCUGAUUAUGGUAUUAACUAUAAGAAGCACCCAAAAUGGUCCGAGGAGGUCAUGAGGCUCACUGAAGGAGAAGGUGUGGACUUUGUUCUUGAGAACGGUGGCUCUGGAACCAUCGCAGAGAGCAUCAACUCGAUCAAAAUGGGUGGAAACGUGUCCGUGAUCGGCUUCCUCUCACAAGCGAAUCAAUCCGAGAUGCCUGACGUUGCGGGUAUGGCGCUUGCAAAGGCUGCCACUAUUCGUGGUAUAACUGUUGGUUCCACUCAGCUCCUUCAAGAUCUCGUCCGUUUUGUCGGUCGCAAAGGACUGCGUUUGCCUGUUGAGAAGGAGUUCUCUUUCACUCAGGAGGAUGUCGUGAAAGCCUAUGAAUAUGUUAUGUCGGGAUCACACAUUGGCAAAGUUUGUAUCAAGGUGGCCGAAUGA